UUCGGUAACGCAUUCAUAUUAUAUUACAAAACGAAUAGUUAACGUUGAAUGCGCGAUGUGGAAAAUACACAAAAAUUAGAAACGCUAAAGAAAUUAGCUAACGUUAAGACUCGACCUAGCUAGAUCCUGAGGCAGAUGGAAAGCAGAUAGGUGCCUAGCAAGCAAAGGACGAAAAAUUAUAAAUGACUACUUUGGUGACCGAUUAUUUAUUGCUGAAUAUGUACUUUCAUUUGGUAAAUUAAAUGCACCAAUUAAGUUUCAUAAAAUGAGUACCUACAUAAGUGUUGGCUAAUGUUAAGUUAGCUAAUUGAUUAGCAUUAUUCAGCCAUGUUAACUAGUGGUGGUCGGUUGCUGUAAAUUAGGUGAGCCUGCCAUCCCACUGUGAGUCACACCAUACAAUCAGACCAUGGAUGGUUUUAGUCAACCAACUUGUUCAUGUUGCAAAAAGCGUCAUCUAGUUAACUAGACCAACUAACAAUUAUCCGCCGAUAAGGCCUGGUGGUGUGAUGAUGCCCAUGUGUUCAGUCGAACAGUAGCCUACGGCCCAUUAUGACCAUUAACUGAUAAUCAUACAACUAAAGCUAGCUGGAUUUGCGCAUGCAACUUACCAGCCCUUCUAUCUGGAUCUGCUUGACUGGUGAGUCCAGUGUGUUCUGAGACGGCGUGGCGGGUGCAGUAGUUGCCGCGGCAGUUUCUUUGCGGGCUGCCAUCUUUCUAAAUUACAGAAUGGGAAAAGAAGGAAGUCUGAUACUGUUUCCGGGACUAUAAUGUAGCCUCUUUUGUGGUUCGGUCGAAUAUCAGGGAACCAUUUCAGAUACUACUCGACGGCACGUUUUGCCAGGCAGCUCUGAAGAAUAAAAUUCAAAUUAAAGAGCAGAUGCCAAAAUAUCUGAUGGGAGAGGUGCAAUUGUGUACCACCAAUUGCGUUUUGAAGGAACUUGAGUCGCUGGGAAAGGAACUUUAUGGAGCAAAAAUAAUCUUGCAGCGUUUCCAGAUUAGGAACUGCUCACACUUUAAGAAUCCUGUCCCAGCUUCACAGUGCCUUGAGUCGAUGCUUGACGCCGGCAAUCCCCACCACUACUUCAUAGCUUCUCAGGAUCACGAGUUGUCCACAGCUGUGAAGAAAAUCCCUGGAGUGCCUCUUCUGUACAUCAUCCUGAAUACCAUCGUUUUGGACAAACCAUCCCCGCGCUCGGUUACUCACGUUCAGGCAGUGCAGUCUGGCGAAUUUGUGACACCGGCGCAGCAGCAGAACAUUAGCAAACUUAAGGAGGAACAGGGCAUUGCACCAGAUGGGGCUAAAGUAUGCCCCAAGAAACGUAAAAGGAAAGUCAAAAAUCCAAACCCACUCAGCUGCCUAAAAAAGAAAAAGAAACCAGGAGUACCUACACCAAAGAAGAUUGAUGGUGAGAAAAGGAAACGGAGCCGAAACAAGAGGCAAAAAAUUGAUGGAGGAGAGGGUCGCAUCCAUGAAUCCCCCAUCCAUACAACCCCAGUUAGCUAGGAAGUGAUUAGUAAACUUUACACCUCACGAAAUGUGACGUACUGGUAAAGGAAAAUAUGCUGAUGCAUAUAUAGACAGAGAUCUUGCUUUCCCAGACGCGAAUAGGGGGGACUGCGUGUACCAUCCUUCCAUUUGGUUAACAUCUUUAAGUUAUUGAUAUCUCACGUAUGAAUGAAACAAGGAUUAUAUACAUUUUGUAAGGAUUUCAAAAAUGUAACGAAGAGUCUCGUCAAAGCAGCAGCUUUAAGUGUGUGUGUGUGUGUGUAUAUAUCACAUUGCUCCAUUUUAAGUUCCUAUAAAACAUUUUUUUUUAAAGCA